UACCAUGUCGUACUCUCGACAUUUGGAUAUGAGUCACAUGAGUAGGACACUUGGACACUUCAUUUUAGUUUAAACUAUUGAAAUUUUUCACUGAAUAGUCGGGUUGGAUACUUGGACACGUACUCGUGUUGGACAUGGGUACCCGAGUUUGAGUAAACAUAGGGUAUCGGGAUGGGUAAAAUCAUUUUCUUCUUUUUUUUCUUUUUUUCUUUUUUUAUUUUUUUUAUUUUUUUAAUGAUUAGGAAAUCUACUUAAAAAAACACUUGUGGAGCACCAAUUAUCAUUGGCACACCUAAGUGAUGGUGUGUAUUGUAUUAGAUAAACGCGCAAGAGUGGGGUGCUUCUCUGCAUGAUGCCAAAUUACCAAUAAUGAAAGUAUGGUAGGCACACUCCAACUUGAAACCUUAACCAACCACACACCAAUUGAUAAGUGAGUCAGCUUCCAUGUCAACCCGCCAUGUGGCGAAUCGGUUAGCACCCAUCCAAACUCUUUCUUAUCAAGUCUCAAUGAUCUCACCCUUCUACUACUUCAUCCUUUAGCACAAACCAACCUUUCCACUAAUCCUUGCCAACAAUAGUAGCAAUGGCAGCAGCAGCAGCAAUGGUAGCAGCUACGCUGGUACGAAAACAGCAAAAUCCGCCAAUGACGGCAACACUUCCUACCAACAUUGGCCAGGCCGUGUUUGGGCUCAAGGCCAGUGCUCGUGGGGGGAGAAUGACCGCGAUGGCUGCCCACAACGUUACCUUGAUUACACCUUCGGGCACCCAGGAAUUUCAGUGCGACGAUGAUGAGUACAUCUUGGAUGCUGCAGGAGGGAAUGGGGUGGACUUGCCUUACUCAUGCCGGGCAGGCGCGUGCUCCUCAUGUGUCGGGAAGGUGACUUCUGGUAGUGUAGACCAAUCAGAUCAAAGCUUCUUGGAUGAUGACCAGAUGGCUGAAGGGUGGGUUCUCACUUGUGUUGCUUAUCCUAUUAGUGAUGUCACUAUUGAGACUCACAAAGAGUCGGAGCUCACUGGAUUCUAAUUUUUUUGCACUGGUAAAGUGGUAAGUGAACAAAGUUUAACUUACGAAAUCUAGAAAUUGAUCGAUUAUUUUUCGACGGUGUGAAAUUGAAAUGUGACCUAUGAUUUUAAAAUGGAGGGAGCCGUUGUUUGACUUGUUUCUACCU